UCACGCACAGGCUCCGCCCCCCGGCUGCCCACUCCCGAAAGCUCGCCUGCGCCCGGGCCCCGGAAGCUGCCCCUUCUCGGGGGUCAUGAUGGGCAGCAAGAUGGCGUCCGCCACCAGGGUGGUUCAGGUAGUAAAGCCACAUGCUCCACUGAUAAGGUUCCCUAACAGAAGAGACAAUCCUAAACUUAGUGCCUCAGAAGCUAUGAGAUCAGCAGGGCUCCCGCCCCACUCUAUAAUCACACAGCAUUCUAAAGGAGGUAAAGCCCCAGGUUUGCUGAUGCAUCAGGGUCCACCAGACACUGCAGACAUAAUCAAAACCUUACCUCAGAAAUACAGAAGGAAACUCAUCUCUCAAGAAGAAAUGGAAUUUAUCCAACGUGGAGGUCCAGAAUGAUCCUUGUGGCUGCUGUUUGUCAUCAGACAAAAGAAUUAUCUUUGCAAUAAAGGACUUCCAAAAACACAAAUGAAAAAUUGUAUAUUAAGCAACCUUAAUAAAUAAAUAUUCUGCACAUAAAAAGGAAAUAUAGAAACUUGAAGUGGAUACUUGUAUCACCUAAUUUCUGUAACAUGGUUGGCCUCUCCACAAGCUCACUUUAUGUCCUUUGUACUUAUUAAAGUUUGCACUUUCAAAUGUUAAA